ACAGCUCACUCAUGUUGCACAGAGGGUUAAUCUCUAACAAUCCUCUGCAGCUUUUCGGACGUCCUGCAAAGAUGGCGCACACACGGCGAUUUCCGUUCGAGGGGGAGGAUCGAUGAGCAAGGUCGCAUCGAAUAGGAGAGAGGAGGAGAGAGAGAGAGAGAGGAGGAGAGAGAGAGAGAGAGAGAGAGGAGAGAGAGAGAGAGAUGUACCCCUGGAGGCUGGCGGCAGCUGUCUGCAGCCGCAAACACGUGUGGGUCUUCAGCCGCUCCUUCAACAUGGCAGAGGAGGCGAAGAAACUGGCUGCUUACGCCGCUGUGGACAACCACGUCCAGAAUAACCAGGUGGUCGGCGUGGGCAGCGGAUCGACCAUCGUCUAUGCCGUGGACAGAUUAGCUGAACGCGUUCGAGAGGAGAAACUCAACAUCGUGUGUGUGCCAACUUCCUUCCAGGCUCGUCAGCUGAUUCUGCAGCACGGCCUCACUCUGUCCGAUCUGGACAGGCACCCUGAGCUGGAUGUAGCGAUCGACGGCGCCGAUGAGGUGGACGCAGAUCUCACGCUGAUAAAAGGCGGAGGCGGCUGCCUGACUCAGGAGAAGAUCGUCGCCGGCUGUGCUAAACAUUUUGUAGUCAUCGCCGACUACAGGAAGAACUCCAAGGACCUGGGCCAGCAGUGGAAGAAGGGCGUUCCCAUCGAGGUGAUCCCCAUGGCGUACGUUCCCGUGUCCCGGAUCAUCGCCAAACGCUUCGGAGGCGAGGCCAACUUACGGAUGGCCGUCAGUAAAGCGGGUCCUGUGGUCACUGACAACAGCAACUUCAUCCUGGACUGGAAGUUUGAGCACGCUCAGAACUGGAAGGAAGUCAACACGGCGCUCAAGAUGAUCCCAGGUGUGGUGGAGACGGGGCUCUUCGUCGGCAUGGCUGAGCGAGCCUACUUCGGGAUGGAGGACGGGAGCGUGAAGGUUCGGGAUCCUCCUGUGAAAUGAGAAAUCUCCCGCCUCCACCAUCACCCCCCCCCCCCCCCCAACCAUUCCCACAAGUCCACAAGUGCCGACUUUAUGAUUUUUGCACCCCGGUCUCGAGACUGUUCUCGGGGCGGAGCUGCACCGCCUGCAGAAGUGUAGCAGGGAAGUUUCCACACAUCUCAAAAUGCAGACUAAACAAGAGGAGCGCUUGAUUUCUCUCAUCCUGCAGCUGUUGCUUCUGAUUAUUAUUUUUUUUUUUUAAAGUGCCUGAUGAGGGAAAUCAAGUGCACCGUGUGCUGCAUGUUUCUUUGAAUUGUUGCUCCGUUUGGCUGCCUGCUCUCACCGGGACUGUCGGCUCUGCUGCUGAAUGAAACUAAGGUGUGCCUUAAAGUCUUAUUAACUAAAAUGAUGCCAUUAAAGUCCCGUUUAAAAAGCUCAUAAUCACCAUGGAAACACUUUGAUCUGCUCAAGUCCACUCGUCGUCGAAGGGAGAGCGGGAAGCUGAUAUGCCUUCAAGUCUUUCAGUUUAAUUAGUCCACAGAAGGGGAGGGGGGGGGAUGAACCAUAUUCAACAGCAUGAACAACUUUUUUCAUGAUCUUCAUUUUUUCUAAUUAAUAUGCUAAUUUAAACAGCGAGAAGCCCCUAAAACUUAAUGAGAUCCCUGACAGUUGAGGGGGAAACCCCGUGGUGCAGGUGUGAGGUUUAAUGUGAAGAGAGGACAUGUUGUAACUCAUUCUUAUAAUGUGUGUUUAAUACACAGAGAGGCGCUGUGAGAGAUGAUUUUAGAUCCUUCUGGAUUUUAAACACGCUCACCAACACACGGUUUGAAAAAAAUAAAGCAUGGAGGGAAAUAAAAGUUCAGAAUAAGAAGCAUCGACUUUAAGGACGAGCGGAAAGUGUCCGGUCACUGUGAGAAGUAAGCACUUCCUGUUGUUGUGGAAACAUGCUCUCACACUGGUACCAGUAAAUUCACCUUUAGCACCACAGAGUGACUGAAGUUUCCAUCUCUGUCGUUUUCCCUCCUGCAGCAGCUCUCUAUUCGUUUAAGCUGUUUUCACACACUCCUGAUCAUUUCUAGGCAUUUCAGGCCCCUGAAAUCCUCCUGACUUGCCUGUUCACACAUGCACCUCACAGCGGGAGACUUUCCCUGUGAGACGGGGGGGGGAAGAAGGCAUGGAAUAAAAGGGGCGACUCUAAACGGCUCCACCUCCGCAUCAUCUUGCCUCAGGAAAACCCUCCCUGCCCCGCCUCCUGUCCAACCAGAAUAGUCUUCUCCUGUGAGGUGCAUGUGUGAACGACUGGCUCAGGAGAAUCUCAGAAGCAGUCCUCCUGAAGUCCUCCAGAUAUUUUAAGGAGUGCAGAUGUAAAAACAGCUUUAGUGACAAUAUAAUCGAUCAUUAAGCCGCACUUAAUUACAAAUAUAUAAAACCUCUGAAUGAGGAUUCUCUCCUGUUGAAGUGUUCUGGACGUCCGUACGGUACACGUUACAUCGAUGUCAAAUAUUUCAUGCAUUCCUGGGUUUUAAUCUGGAAAAACACGUCGUCUACCUGAUUCAGCUGAACACGUUUGGCUGUAGCUUUAAUAUUCUCGACGUGGAGUUUCUAAUGGCAUCGUCUUUGGUUGUUUCUUUUUUUGUGCAUAUAAGGGCCGCUGCUGUUACAAAUGUAGCUGUGGUCUGUUUUCCUCUCAGCACAGACUGGUUUGUAAGUCUUUUGCAGGUUCUCCUGCAGAGUUACACUAAUCAAUUUCUGAAGGUGAAGUCUGCAGCAGCCUCUGAAUGUGUUGCAUGUACCUCCUCUCUCUGUGCUGCUUCAUUUUGUGCCUCUAUGUUAAAUGCUUGACGUCUGUUGUUCUUUACAUAAUCAGUCUGUUCAAAGUCUGGAGCCAUUUAAAUCAUCACUAUAGAGACAAACAGAACACAGUAAAGUCAGAGUAAUGUGUGCUCUUACGUAGCUUAAAACUGAACCGAGAGCAGCACAGGUUCAUCUGAUGUGCCUCGUCACACAGAAGCAAUAAAACAAACUCCAUCUUAAA